UCCGCCGUGACGUCACAAAGUCACGUGACUUCCGACUGGUUGGCAAGACAAUCGGGAACCGUCGGCAAGAAUGUUGUUUACAUAGGCCUAUGUCAGAUCGAUCAUAACCUGUUUUCCGUUUAAUUACGAUGGUUGUGUCCUGUUGUGUUAUCAACUGCACUACAAGAUUUGAUAAUAAUAACCCAAAAAGCUUUUAUCGUGUACCAAAAAAACCUGACAUACGCAGACAACUUUGGAUAACAGCUAUUAAGCGUGAAGGCCCAGAAGGGAAGCCAUGGGUGCCUGCAGAUCAUGAUAGAGUGUGUUACCGACAUUUCAUUACAGGUCAAAAAAGCAAUGACAAGACUAAUCCUGACUAUGUCCCCUCAAUCCACAUGGGGGGAUAUGAGAAAACAACCACCAAUGGAGAGUUGCGUGCAGCCCGCUUCGAGAGGUUUCAAAAGAGAGAGGCAGAAAAAGAUAAAUAUGAGGCAGCAACAGUAUUACUUGACAUAUCAGAAAACCUACCACCACCAACAGAGCCAACAGAAGAUUUACAUGGUCCAUGCAUCAAGAAAAUAGCAGCCCUUCGCAUAGAAAAUGAGCAACUCCAUGAAGAGCUUGGCAGGUUACAAACAGACAAUAUUGCUCUCAGAAAAGAAGUCAAUGAUACAAGAUUUGGUGAUCAAGCAAUAUCAAGUGACCGUAGAACACUUUUUUACACAGGUGUGCCAACUAAAGCAAUUUUCAUGUGGUUGAUAUCAUUCUGUCUGACAAUAUUACCACCUAGCAAAGUAAUGCCUCCGGCAAAUAUUUUCCUGUGUAUUCUGAUGAAGUUGAGACUCAACCUUCAACACCAAGAUAUAGCUUAUCGGUUCAAUGUGUCCGUUUCCACUGUAUCGGAUAUAUUUAAUAAAGGCAUCCCAAAGCUAGCUGAAAAACUUUCGUUUCUAGUGCAGUGGCCAGAUAAAGACAAUCUAAUUAAGAAUAUGCCAGUUGUUUUUAAACUUUCAUAUCCAAUGUGUAUCAGCAUAAUAGACUGUUUUGAGGUGUUCAUACAAAGACCAGCUAAUUUAACAGCAAGGGCACAAACAUGGUCCAACUAUAAGCAUCACAACACCAUAAAGUUUUUAGUGUCAUUAACACCUACUGGUGCGAUAUCCUUUGUUUCAAAAGCGUUUGGAGGUCGAACAUCAGACAAAGUAAUUACUCAGCGUAGUGGUUUCUUGGAUAAAUUGGAACAGGGAGACCAAGUCCUUGCUGACCGAGGGUUUUUAAUUGCAGAGGAGUUAGCCACUCGUCAUGCCUCAUUGGUAAUACCUGCUUUCACCAGAGGUAAAUCACAACUCAGUGCAAAAGAAGUUGAACAGACAAGAAGAAUUGCGCAUGUGCGCAUUCAUGUGGAGAGGGCAAUUGAACAGUUAAAAAACUUUAACAUUUUAAGUAGCAAAAUGAGUAUCUAUUUAGUGUCACAUUCAGACAGUAUUGUUACAUUAUGUUCAGCAGUGUGCAAUUUACAUCCUAAACUUGUGUCUUGA